AUGUACCGUUGUUCCCCAAAACCACCCAACAUUCCUCCUCCAACGUCGACCCGGCUCCCUUCCAACAUCCCCCUCCGGACGCUCCCUUCACGCUCCGACCUCGACAAGGACGACCAAGACUCGCCAUCGGCAUCGCUCCUUUCCACCAGGGGAUACGGCGCCCCUCAUCACCGCCCGUCGUCCGAGUCUGAGACAUCGUCCUGGACCGACACUGGCGACAUUGGCGACCAGUACGGCGACGACAACGACCCGGUCCGCAUCCAGCUGCCUGAGGACAUUGAGAACGAGCUACUCGCCAGUGUCCAGCGCCGACAGUCGAAGCCGCUGUACAAAUCGCAUAAGAAAGUCCGGAUCCACGACCCGUCGCCGCACCGGCGCACCCACUCGUUUUCGCCGGCUCCGUUCGUCGAUAAAGAGGCUAUAGAGAUACCGAACGUUCGCCAUCGACCACCGUCUCGAGCGCAACGCUGCAUCGGUUCCAUCAUGGCGGGCUCUUCAGGCUCCAUCCACGGCCUUACGGGCAAGCCCCUGCUGUAUUUUACGAGCAUUUUCGUGUCUUUAGGAGUUUUUCUUUUCGGAUAUGAUCAAGGCGUCAUGUCGGGCCUUAUUAUUGGCCCGUACUUUAUCGAUUAUUUCAACCACCCCUCGAAAGCCGAGGUAGGGACAAUGGUUGCUAUUCUCGAAAUUGGAGCCUUUAUAUCAUCCCUCAUUGUUGGCCGCGUCGGUGACAUCAUCGGCCGCCGCCGUACCAUCUUAUAUGGCUCUUGCAUCUUCUUUGUUGGAGGAGCAUUGCAGACUCUUGCCACGUCAAUGCCAAUGAUGAUGCUUGGACGAAUCGUCGCUGGUUUUGGUGUUGGUAUGCUUUCCACCAUCGUGCCUGUUUACCAGUCCGAAAUCUCCCCACCCCACAAUCGUGGAAAGCUUGCUUGUAUCGAGUUUUCUGGCAACAUCGUCGGUUAUACGACCUCCGUCUGGGUCGACUACGGCUGUGGUUUUAUUGAGAGUAACUUAUCGUGGCGCGUUCCGCUUAUGAUGCAAUGUAUCAUGGGCGCUCUUUUGGCAUUGGGAAGCUUGAUUAUUGUGGAGUCGCCCAGGUGGCUCCUAGACAACGAUCAUGACGAAGAAGGCAUGGUUGUCAUUGCCAACCUCUAUGGUGGUGGUGAUAUUCAUAAUGCCAAGGCACGCGAUGAGUACCGCGAAAUCAAGAUGGGUGUGCUUCUUCAACGUCAAGAGGGCGAACGCUCCUACGCUGAGAUGUUCCGGCGUUAUCGUACUCGGGUCUUUAUCGCAAUGUCCGCUCAGGGUCUUGCGCAGCUCAACGGCAUCAAUGUCAUCUCCUAUUACGCACCAUAUGUUUUCGAGUCCGCCGGCUGGGUUGGCCAUGAUGCUGUCCUCAUGACUGGUUUGAACGGCAUCACUUAUUUCCUCUCUACCAUUCCACCGUGGUAUCUCGUUGAUCGAUGGGGCCGUCGAAUGAUUCUUCUCACCGGAGCUAUUUUCAUGGCUAUUUCCUUGUCUCUCAUCUCUUACUUCCUCUACCUCGACAUCAAGUGGACUCCCAGGUUGGUGGUCUUGUUUGUCAUGAUAUAUAAUGCUGCCUUUGGAUACUCAUGGGGACCAAUUCCCUGGCUUUACCCUCCCGAAAUUCUGCCUCUGAGCAUUCGAUCCAAGGGUGCUAGCUUGUCGACUGCUACGAAUUGGGCUUUCAACUGGCUAGUUGGUGAAAUGACACCGAUUCUGCAAGAAUGGAUCAAAUGGCGUCUGUAUCUUCUCCACGCCUUCUUCUGUGUGGCUAGUUUUGUUAUUGUUUACUUCAUUUACCCAGAGACUUGCGGCUUGCGCCUCGAGGAGAUGGAUUCUGUAUUUGGCGACGCUAGCACCGUGGCCACUCCGUCCAUCCAUGCGGAAACUGGAUCUCUUAUCCGGGGUGGAUCACCCAUUGGAUCAGGGCGUACGCCGUUCCGCUCGACGACUCCCAUUCCUGGGCUGUCUCUUGACCCUCCUGAUGUCAAUGAUAGCAAGGCCGUGUCCCAGAGCGGCGGCGAUGACCGAAGCAUUAGCGGAUGGUUAUCGAGAGUUGUCAAUCGUGGCCGUUCCGGUAGUCCAAGCAGUGGGCAAGGACGAUAUACUCCACUCGGCCAGCAAGAAGAUGAGGGUCGUAAUGACAAUUGA